CUAACUAAUUCUCAUUCGUGUCUCCACCAUCGUUUCUCUCAAAACACAAACACCACGCCCAUUUCCACACUCUUUUUCACAACCAAUUAUCAAGAUCACAAAAACAACGAGAAAAAAAAAAUGGCUUCAACUUCAACAUUUUCAAUCGUCGUACCAAUAAGUUGUGCCAGCAAGAAGACACAACUUCCAAGGUCUCAAUCAUUGUUCAACACACCAUUACAUUCAAAGGCUUUGGCAUCAUCAUCAUCAUCAAAAGAGAACAUAAAGAAGUUUCAAGUGAAAGCUUCGAUGAAAGAGAAAGUUGUAACAGGAGUUACAGCAGCUGCAUUAACAGCUUCAAUGAUGGCUCCCAAUGUGGCUGAAGCUGCUUCUGUUUCACCUUCUCUCAAGAAUUUCUUGCUCAGCAUAGGUGCUGGUGGACUUGUUGCUGUUGCCAUUGUUGGUGCUGUUAUUGGUGUUGCCAAUUUCGAUCCUGUUAAGCGAAGCUGAAGAGCUUUUGAGGCUUAGUGGGGAUUUUAGUAUUUCUCUCUCAUCAUCAUAUCUCUAUAAGUCUAUUGUCAAUGAAAUCUGUGUUGUGUGUAAUAAUCUCACUUUUCAGUAAUCAACUACCGUUACUUCCUAUGUAUUCAACUUUCAACUUCCAUCUUGAAUAAUUCAUUGAUUAACAAGCCACUGCAAACAUAGUGUAAGAAGCUUUGUUUGUGUGGUCUAUGAGAAUGUCUAGAUCACUCUUGGAAUAUAGAAAGAAUGUUACUGGCCGAA